AUGGCGAGCGGUCUGGAUAAACUGGCAUCAUACUUGACUAAUGCUGAUAAGAGAAUCACACGAGCUCAAUGCAAUGAUGAUGCUGGAGGAAGAUUUGAACUAUUAGCUAGGAAAGGUGUGUUCCCAUAUGAGUACUUGGAUAGUUGGAUGAAGCUCGAUAGUCCUAGUUUACCCCCUAGAGAUGACUUUUAUUCUACAUUGACCGGAGAAGCAGUUUCAGAGGCAGAUUAUGCUCACGCCUGUCAUGUGUGGGAGACCUUCCAUAUCUCAACCUUGGGUGAAUAUUCAGAUUUGUAUCUGAAAACUGAUGUUCUACUCUUGGCAGACAUUUUUGAGAACUUCCGGAGAACUGGUUUCACUGUUUAUAAACUUGAUCCUUUGCAUUACUAUACUGUACCAGGACUUGCUUUUGAUGCUAUGUUGAUGCACACUGGUGUUGAAAUUGAACUCUUCACGGAUGCAGAGAAGCUACUCAUCAUAGAAACGGGGAUACGAGGAGGUGUUGCUCAGUGUACCAACCGCUAUGCAAAAGCUAAUAAUCGCUACAUGGAUAACUUCGAUGAUGAUGAAGAUGAGUCUUACCUGAUGUACUACGAUGUCAACAAUUUGUAUGGUGCAGCAAUAACUGGAUACAUUUUAGAAGUGGAUUUGGAAUAUCCCAUUGAGCUCCAUGAUACUCAUAAAGAUUUACCAUUGUGGUCUGAGCAUUUCGUACCACCGAACCGCAAAGGUACAAAGCUCAUGAUGACACUUCACUCAAAAAAUGAAUACGUCAUACACUACAGAAAUCUUCAACAAUGUCUGAGUCUGGGGAUGAAGUUAAUCAAGAUUCGUCGUCUCUUGGAAUUCAAACAAGCAGCUUGGUUGAAACCAUAUAUCGAUCUCAAUACAGAAAAGAGAAAAGAAUCGUCGAAUGAGUUUGAGAAGAAUUUUUUCAAACUCAUGAAUAAUGCCGUGUUUGGAAAGACAAUAGAGAAUAUGCGGAAACAUCGAGACGUAAAAUUCAUCACCGAAUGGUCUGGGAGAUAUGGUGCAAGAGCUCGUAUCGCGCAACCGAAUUUCCACAGCAGUCUGAUCUUUGAUGAUCAGUAUGAAAUAGCUAUUAUCCAACUCAAUGGUACAAAGAUCAUAUUCAAUAAACCAAUAUUCAUUGGUUUUGCUAUUCUGGAUUUAUCAAAGAUAUUCAUUUAUGAUUUCCAUUAUAAUUACAUCAAACAAAAAUUUAAGGAUCAAGCAAAAUUAAUGUACAUGGACACAGACAGUUUAUUGUAUCAUUUCAAAGUUGAUGACAUUUAUGAAUGUAUGAAGACAGAUAUUGUUUAG